CAACACUGCUCUGUGUCAGCUGUUCGGGCGAGCGAUAAAAAAAGGGCCCAAAAUAUACUUUUGUUUAUCAGAUAAAAACGACUGAAAGAAAUUCCAUUUCCUGGUAAACCGAAAAGUGGGUCUCUUGUCACGAACAAGCGGAACUGAUAGGCGUUGCCAAGAGGCUUCAGCUCCGAUUUGAAGUGGGCGAAGUUAGUCUUGCUUCUGUGUUUCUCAUUCGCAACGCAGCGCUGGCAAAUCGAAGAUCGCUAAAAUGUCGACUAAUUGGCGUGAAUUGUUCCCCACCAAACUCACAUUUGUGAUCUUUCUGCUGUACAUGUCCCUAUUUAUAGGGCAGGGCAUCUUUGUCACAGCUUCCCAGGAAUCGAACAACUCCUAUGGUUAUAAUACCGUCACGGUAGUGCUGCUCACCGAGGUCUUUAAGCUGAUAGUUUCCACCUGCCUGUACUGCCGGGACCACAAUCUACGCUCAUUGGUACGAGAUGUCCAUAAGGAUCGCAAUGUCCUGGCCUUGUACAUGGUGCCCGCCUUUCUCUAUUGCCUGUACAACAACCUGGCCUUCGUCAACCUGGCCACAUUUGACCCCACCACCUACUAUCUGUUGCUACAGCUACGUGUCGUUGUCACCGGCAUUUUGUUCCAAAUUAUCUUCAAGAAGUACCUGUCGCAGAGGCAAUGGAUCUCCCUAAUACUGCUCACCCUGGGCUGCAUGAUGAAGCAGAUCGAUUUCGGCAGCUUCUACAGCGACGCCAAUGAUGACAGCGAGUCGGCAGCCAUCCAGCAACAGCAUUCACUCAAUCGAACCGCCAUUAACAAGGCGGAGGUUCAUGGAAAGAACAUGUCCGGCUUCGAUUUCAGCCUGAGUGCCGUCUUCAUACUGGCCCAGACGAUUUGUUCUUGUCUGGCGGGCGUUUACAACGAGUAUCUGCUGAAGGACAAGGGCGCCGAUGUUAAUAUCUUUGUGCAGAAUGUCUUCAUGUACCUGGACUCUAUUGUCUGCAAUGCUGCCAUCCUCCUGCUGCGCGGCGAGCUGCUGGAUGCCUUCAGUCCACAGAAUCUCGGCAGCAUCAUGCGUUUCAGCGUGCUGAUCAUCAUUGUUAACAAUGCCGCCAUUGGCAUUGUCACCAGUUUCUUCCUCAAGUACAUGAACUCCAUACUGAAGACUUUCGCCAGCGCCUUGGAGCUGCUCUUCACGGCGGUCCUGUGUUACUUCCUCUUCUCCAUACCCAUCUACAUGAACACCGCGCUUGCCAUUGCGGUGGUCUCCUACGCCAUUUAUCUCUACACCCAAAGUCCGGUCGUUAAUCUGGGCAAGGUGCGUCCGCUGUCCAAUUUAAGCGAUGCCACCGCCAAGUCCACGGACAAGCGAAAACUGCUCGACGAGGAGGCGGCCGAAUCGGACCUCGAUAUGGUGUAAUGCUGUAGCUAGUCGUAGACCUAAUCUUAGUCUGUACAUAGUUGUGGAAAAGUGCCUGCAAAUGUUUUAAACGCCAGACGAAAGUAUUUGACCCCAGGCUUUGUGCAAUGCGAUAGCAACAGGCUUGUAAAUACCAAAACUUUUGCUUUUCUAAUUUAAGAUUCUCAGCAUAAAUGUAUUUAAAUCAUAACAUGAUUGCAAUCAAACGAAAA